AUGUCUGGAAACGAGAACCCGCUGGCGUAUGGCCGCUACUACGGCGAGCGAGCAGAAGGCGACAGCAGCGAGCGCGGACUGGGCGACUCAGCGCGAGGUUUUCUGUCUGACGGGGUGAAGAAGUUCAAGGACCACUAUGGGAGCAGCCAGCAACAGCAGCAAGGCGCCGGGUACGCGGGGCACGGGCAGGGGCAGGCGCAGCCGUUCCAGGGAAACUACGGCCCUCCACCGCAACAGCCACAACCACAACCACAACAACCACCACCACCACAACACAGCCAGUACUCCCAGGAUGCAAAGCAGGACAGACUGUCCGGCUUCCUAGGCAAGUUUCAGAAUACCGUGUCGGACGUCGGCGCCCAGCUGGCUCAGAAGAUUGGCACCACCCUGGAUGCCGAUGGCUACUCGCAGUAUGGACCCAAACCCACCGAUCACCGCUUCAAGAGCUUUGCACCGCCCAGGGAAAACAACGACGUCAAGUGGCACGUCGAUGGCUUCACCUAUUUCUGGGCCGUCUCGCAGGCUCUCGAGAGCGCGAAAGAAUCCAUCUGGAUUCUAGACUGGUGGCUUUCUCCUGAGCUAUACCUGCGACGUCCGCCAGCAAAGAACGAGAGAUACCGCCUCGAUCGUAUGCUCCAGGCUGCUGCCCAGCGAGGCGUGCGCGUAAACAUCAUCGUCUACAAAGAGGUCGAAAAAGCACUGACGUUAUGCUCGGAGCACACAAAGCGCGAACUAGAAGCGUUGCACCCCAACAUUCUAGUCUUCCGCCAUCCAGACCACCUUCCGGACGCCAAUGAAAUCAAAAGCGACCUCACUGCCUCCUUCCAACACCUGUCUCUCGACAGCCCAAGUCUUUCGAAACUUCCCAGUGAUACCAUCAAAGCAUUUUACGGCACAAAGGGGGAUACGGUUUUAUUUUGGGCACACCACGAGAAACUGCUUCUUGUGGACGGCAAAAUUGCUUUUAUGGGUGGCCUUGAUCUUUGUUUCGGCCGCUGGGACACUAACCAGCAUGCUAUUGCAGACGUGCAUCCCGGCGACCUGCAGGAGAUUGUUUUUCCUGGCCAGGACUACAAUAACGCACGCGUACUUGAUUUCCAGGACGUGGCGCAUUGGGAGCAGAACCAGCUAAAUAGAAAAGUAACUAGCCGUAUAGGAUGGUCGGAUAUCUCUAUCAGCCUACGUGGACCAGUGGUGGAAGAUCUGCGACGGCACUUCGUAGAUCGCUGGAAUUACAUUUACGACACCAAAUACUAUGCCCGCAAUGAGACAAAGUAUCAGAAAUUGAGUCUCUAUCGACAAUAUGGCGGCCAGAGCCAAGGUGGUGCUUCUGCUGGACCUACUACUCCAGUUCCGGCAGGACAACAACAACCACCACCACCACCCAACCAAGGCCAACUAAGUCAGGAACCGCAUUGGCAGCAACCGCAACAGCAGCAGUCGCAGCUGCAGCCACAAUGGCAAGGAGGCCAACCAUCAUACCCGCCAACCCCUGGAAGUCAUGGACAGCAGCAACCGCAAUGGCAAAGCCAACAACAACCUACCGGACAGCUCUCUUACCCACCGCCUCCCAGCAGCCAAGAACAGCAGCAACAGCAAACACAGUGGCAAAGCCAACAGCCCUCAGCUACACAGAGUUAUCCUCCUCCUGCCAGUAGCCAAGGAAAUGAAGGGCAACAGCAGCAAUUAUCAUAUUCUCAACAACAACCACAUUGGCAAGGUCAACAGCAAGCCCCCAGCCAAAGCGAGUAUAACUCUAGUACGAGCGCUCAGUUAGGUGGACAGUAUUUCCCCCCACCACCACCAGGUCCGCCCCCAUCUCACACUGGCGGCGACCAUUCAAGCCAGACUCAGAUUAACCAGGACCCCUCUCAUUCAGGGUUUGGCUCUGGCCAAUACAGCUCCCAAACUUCAAACCCGUCACAGGCACCGUACUUUGCCCCGCCUCCAAUUCAAGAAUCACAGCAUUCUCAGACCCGAGGCUUAUCUGAGGGAGGGGAUCUUUCACGAGGUUACACCGACAAUCAGUCAAGCUACAAUUCUGAAUACCAAGGAAAUGGUCGAUCCACUACGCAGAAUAUCAUGAGCGAUGUUAGAGGCCUUGGCCACUCGCUUCGUGGCCAGCUUGCCGGCCAAGUACAUCAAUACCAGGAUCGGUACAUUACUAAUUUGGGACGAACAUAUGGCAAUCAGUGGUGCCAGGUUGUGCGAAGCUGUUCCAAGUGGAGUGCGGGUAUUCCGACUGAGCAUUCUAUCCAGGAUGCCUACAUUGCUGCCAUUCGCAACAGCCAGCAUUUUGUAUACAUUGAGAACCAGUUUUUCAUCACUGCCACUGGGGAUGAACAAAAGCCUGUACAAAAUAAGAUCGGUGCCGCCAUCGUGGAACGUGUCUUGCGUGCGGCUCGGGCUGGACAGAAGUACAAGAUCAUUGUCGUUAUCCCUGCGGUUCCUGGAUUCGCAGGCGAUCUGAGAGAUGAUUCGUCUCUUGGAACGCGAGCAAUCAUGGAAUUCCAGUAUAAUUCGAUUAAUCGAGGCGGACAUAGUAUAAUGGAGCUCAUUGCUAAGGAGGGGUAUAAUCCAAUGGAUUAUAUCCGAUUCUAUAACCUCCGCAAUUAUGAUCGGAUCAACACUAAUAGCACGAUGGUGCAGGCCGAAAAAGCUAGCGGUAUAAACUAUGAAGAUGCUCGUAAAUAUCAUGAUGCCGCGGAGGUUGGCUAUGGUGGUUAUGGUCCUGGAGCACCUGGGGGCUUUGAUACUACCCGACCCUAUGACCAAUAUCAAAAGGCAGCCUCAGCCCACCCUUCAGCCACCUCUGGCCGUUGGGACUCGGUCAGCGAGUGCUACAUGCUUGGUGGUGAAGACAUUCGCAAAGUUCCAUGGGAUAGUGACCUACCCGAAAUCGAUGCUUUCGUUAGUGAAGAGCUUUACAUUCAUAGCAAGGUUUUGAUCGCCGAUGACCGUAUUGUUAUUUGUGGCUCGGCCAAUUUGAAUGACCGAUCUCAGCUGGGGACUCAUGAUUCUGAGAUUGCUCUUGUCAUCGAGGACCCCACGCCCCUCGAGUCACAAAUGGAUGGCCAACCAUACCGGGCCAGUAAAUUUGCAGCUUCGUUGCGGCGGGAGUUGUUCCGUAAACACCUUGGUCUACUCAAGCCGCAGGACUACCACCGGGCAAACGCCAACUGUGAACCGGUCGGUGUUCCAAACGAGACUGAUUUGAGUUCACCGGAAAGCCAGAUUGUUGCGGAUCCUCUUUCCAACACGUUCCAAAGUUUGUGGAAUUCGCGAGCGCGAACAAACACCGAGGUCUUCCGCAAGGUGUUUAACCCCGUCCCCGAUGACUAUGUCCGCAACUGGAAUGCAUAUAAGGAAUUUUACGAGUACAACUUCCGUAAAGCUGAUGUAGAGGCGGAAGGAAAGCCGGUCGUCAGGCCAGGAAGAUACGAAUGGGGUCAUGUAGUGCGUGACAACUUUGCGCCUGGGCCAGAAGGGGCCCAGCAGGUGAAAGAAUUGCUGAGCCAGGUGAAGGGGACUCUGGUAGAGAUGCCACUAAUGUUUUUGAUUGAGGAGGAUAUCGCGAAAGAGGGACUGACUUUGAAUGCGUUCACUGAGGAAAUCUACACUUAG